AUGGAGAGGAAGGCCGGAACUUUGUUUUAUUCCUGCUCCCUUCUUCUCUCCCUCAUCCUUAUCCCGCUAAUGUGGAUUGCUCUCGAUUUUCUGCACCUCUGCAUUCUAGGAUUAGACUGCAGCCAGGAUGCGUCCAAAAUGGGUGCGGUUUCCAGCCCGAUUUUGGGAAUCGAAUCCUUUGAAGCGGAGAACCAGGUGCGUGGGACAAGGCAGAACUUCCUUCACAAUGGCACCUUCCACGAGGCAGUGGCUCCUGUCCUGGCGGUGGCUCAAUUCUUUUGCAUAAUGCCCGUUAGCGGUAUAUGUGCCGUCACCCAUCGAGGAUUGAGCUUCAGCCGAAGGAGCUGGCGGUUCUGGUAUAGUCUCCUCUACCUCUGUUCCACAUCCGUGGACCUGAUGUUCAGCAUACGCAAAGUGUUUCACGGUGUCCUGGAUGUGCGCAGUGUGGAACCCAUCGUUUUCCACGUUAGCAUCCUGGUCGCCUCCUGGCAGUUCCUUAACUUGGCCAGACUCUGGCCUGGCCUGAUGCAUCAUUGGGCUGCCGUUGAGGAUCGGUUGCCGGGCUAUCGUUGCUGUCGGGAUCGGGAUCGUCUUGCUCGUCGCAUCCAGCUAGUGGCCUUCCUUCUGCUGGCCCUAUCCCUGAUGGAGCACCUGCUGAGCAUCAUCUCGGUGGUGUACUAUGACUUCUGUCCUCAGAGAAGCGAUCCCGUGGAGUCAUAUCUGCGCGGUACCAGUCUCCAGCUCUUCUCUGUAUUUCCCUACUCCAACUGGCUGGGUUGGCUGGGCAAGCUGCAAAAUGUGCUGCUCACCUUCGGCUGGAGUUACAUGGACAUCUUCCUAAUGGUACUGGGCAUGGGUCUCACCGAAAUGUUGGCCAGGCUGAACCGCAGCUUGGAGCAGCAGGUGCGACGGACCAUGCCGGAAGCCUACUGGACCUGGUCGCGGACCCUUUACCGCUCCAUAGUGGAGCUCAUCCGGGAAGUGGACGAUGCUGUUUCCGGCAUCAUACUAAUCUCCUUUGGCAGCAAUUUGUAUUUCGUGUGCCUCCAGCUGCUCAAGAGCAUUAACACAAUGCCCUCCUCAGCCCACGCUGUCUACUUUUACUUCUCGCUCCUGUUCCUGCUGGGUCGCUCCUCGGCUGUGCUCCUGUUCGUAUCGGCGAUCCACGACCAGGCCCGGGUGCCCCUGCGGCUGCUGCGAUUGGUGCCCUCGGAGGGCUAUCAUCCGGAGGUGUCACGCUUUGCCGCAGAGCUGGCCAGCGAUCAGGUGGCCCUCACCGGGCUCAAGUUCUUCAGUGUCACCAGGCAGCUGUAUUUGAUGGUGGCGGGCACAGUGGCCACUUACGAGCUGGUACUCAUUCAGUUCCACGAGGACGAGAAGUCCUGGGAUUGCGAGCUAAACGAUGAUGAUUAA